AUUUUCUCUCUCUCUGUCUCUCUGGCACACACACACACACACACACGCUCCUGGAUUUGCAGAAGACAGACAUCCAGAGCACUUCUUGGAAUCCACAGGAAAACCAUAUAGGAUUAAAAACCCAGAGCAGAACUGCUGAAAGCUGCCUCUUGAGGAUUACAACUUCACCAUUUGCUUUUCUGGAUGCUUGUUUACUAUCCAAGUGGUAACCUCUGGACAGCGAGUAAUCCAUUCAUUAUCCACACUGACUGAGUGCAGGAGUGCAGUGGUAACUACUUUACUCAGCCGACGGCAGACGACAAAAGGAGGGAAAUGAUGAAUUCGGACAAUUUAACCUCCCAAAGCUUCCUCUCUGCGAUUCAUAGCAAUGCCAGCAGUUUAUUCUCAGGACUCCAGUUUGUUCAGUCUUUCAAGCCACUCAUCAUCCCCUGCUACUCGCUGGUGGUUUUUAUUGGUGUCAUUGGGAAUUACCUCCUCAUUUACGUUAUCUGCAAGACAAAAAAAAUGCACAACGUCACCAACUUUCUGGUAGGCAACCUGGCUUUCUCCGACAUGCUCAUGUGUGCAACCUGUGUGCCCCUGACACUCGCCUAUGCCUUUGAGCCGCGAGGAUGGGUGUACGGGCGUUUCAUGUGCUACUUUGUUUUUCUGAUGCAACCCGUCACUGUGUUUGUGUCUGUCUUUACCCUGACUGUCAUAGCUGUGGACAGGUAUUACGCCAUGGUGUACCCGUUCCGCAGGAGGCUCACGAUCCCUAUUUGUGCUUAUAUCCUGGCUGCUAUUUGGCUGCUGAGCUGUACCUUGGCUGCCCCUGCCUUGGUCCACACUUACCACGCGGAGUUCCCAGAACUGGACUUUUCCAUCUGCGAGGAGUUUUGGUUCCACAUGAAAAGAGAUCGCUUAGCUUACGCCUACAGCACUCUCAUAAUCACCUACGUACUGCCUUUGGUUGUCAUCUCCCUGUCCUACCUGAGGAUCUCAGUCAAGCUGAAAAACCGUGUAGUCCCAGGCAACGUCACCCAGGGCCAAGCUGUGUGGGACCGAGCAAGGAGAAGAAAGACGUUUCGUUUGCUCGUCUUAGUGGUGGCAGCCUUUGGAGUCUGUUGGCUGCCUCUGCACAUCUUCAACAUGAUAAAGGACAUAGAUAUCAGCUUGAUUGACAAGCAGUACUUCAAUUUCAUCCAGCUGCUGUGCCACUGGUUUGCAAUGAUGUCUGCUUGCACCAAUGCCUUCCUUUAUGCGUGGCUCCAUGACAGCUUCAGGGGAGAGCUGAAAAAGAUGUUUGCCUGGAGAAAGAAGAAAAUCGGACCCACUACAAACUGCAUUAUGGCCAGUGUGGUGCUGUAAAUGAGGGCUGGUGGGAGCGUACGUCCUUCAUAUGGUAACACUGUAAGUCUUUUCCACUUCUAGUUAGUCUCAAUUCCUGACAUUUGUCCUCAGAGCUCAAUUCCAACAAGUCCCACACAUAACUUCCCCAACAUCCCCACUCCUCCCGGAGAAGGCAAGGCAGACGUUAUGUCCCAGAAAUGUCUUUACCCGGAGUUAGAGGCUAACGAGAUGUUAGCACAAUAAGAUACCUUUACGUGAGCAACAAGGAUCCUUCCUAUCUGGUUUGGAUGUUGCUGUCAGUACAGACGUGGGAAUCGGGGACAGGAAGAAGCAAAGAUGAAUGAGAGACCUAAACACCUCAAUGAAGAAGCGUUUUGGAUUGGGUAAAAAUUAAAUCUGCA